ACUUCUCAAUGUGUUAACUUUUCUUGUUCUAAAUUUUGUUGGUUUCUCAUGUAUCUUUGUCUUUUAGCAUCGACGUUAAACUAAUAAAUGAUUUGCACUGAUUAUAUCACCAAAGUGUCAAAGCACAUGACCUCAUAUAGGACUACUCCUAUGGAUAUUUUUAAGCAUGCAAAACAAAUUCUAAUGUUCUUUCAUAACGAUUUUAGUGAAAGUAAAAAGUUUAUUAUUUCUAGAAAGCUUGAAUGCUAGAGCAAAGAAGGAAAAACUUCUUUUUUUAGGAAAAAGUUAAGAGUACCCCUCUUUAGUUUAUACCUAUCUAUUCUUCCGGUUGUCGGAAUGGAAUUCAUCAUAACUAUUCUUCUGGUUGUCGGAAUGGAAUUCAUCAUAACUAUGCAGAAUCAGUAGCAUCUGUUGUGUCCUUGAGCCACAAGACAGGAAAGGGUGAUCUCCACCAAGGCAGCAGUACGUUGGCAGCCCAACGUUUGAAAAUAUGUCCAUGAAAACAUCCAUUCCAAUGGAAGUAAUCUCAUGCUUUUGCUUAGAGAUUCACUACAGAGAGAGCUACAAAUUAAGUUGUUUUUCGCUCUUUAUAUAUAAAUAUCACUCCCUUUGCUUCCUCUGAUCAGCACAAAUUACCAUUUCUCACUUCUUGCUCGAAGUCAUAAAUCCACUUGUCUAGAGCAAGCAACAUGAUCAGCACAAAGAAGAUUAUCAGAAUGGCAAGAAAGUGGCAGAAGAAGGCUGUCAUUAGGAGGAAAAGAAUUAGUUCAUCAAGGACCAGUAACAUGAUGGCUACUAAAAAACCAACAGGGGGUGAUAAAGGCUGCUUUGCUAUCUACAUAAUGGAUAAGAGACGUUUUGUGAUUCCGUUGGCGUUUCUCAGCAACAGCAUUUUCCAAGAACUCUUAAAGAUGUCUGAAGAGGAGUUUGGACUGCCAAGUAAUGGGCCUAUAACAUUGCCUUGUGAUUCAGUUGUCAUGAAUUACAUUGUCUUCCUUGUGAAACGAGGAUUAGCCAAGGAUUUGGAGAGAGCAGUGCUCAAUUCCCUUACUACCUAUCGCUGCUCAUCAGAUGCUUAUUCCAAUCAAGUACAUGCAGAUCAACUUGUUUGUGGAUUCUGAGUGAAUUGGCUUUGAAUCUUGUAAAAAAUUUCGGUACAGGAAAAGAAAAUAGAGAAAACUAUCUCUUUCAAGGUGUAAAUCAUACAAAAUAUCAUAGUGUAUUACCAAAACAUGUUUCAUUUAAAAUCCAGUAAAUUUGUAAAAUGCAAUAAACAUAGUUU